AUGACGCGACCGACACUUCUUGUGAAAGCUGUGCUGGUGACGUUGAUCGGAUGCAGCAGUGCAGCUUCCAUCCGCAAAGCGAUUGUGAUGAGUGCAACAUGUCAGGGAGCAUCCGGUCCAUUUCCGAAUCCAAACAGCUGCAGAAGUUUCCUUCAGUGCGAGCCGUCAGGUGUCGCGACGGUCAUCCCGUGCCCAGCAAACCUCGAGUUCAAUCCAAAGCUGAGGGUGUGCGACUUCCCAGACCGAGCUGGCUGCUCCUCAUCCUCGUCUGAUCCUGCUGAAGACAACAACGGAAAUGGUGGUGGAUCAGGUGAUGGCAAUGAAACAGGUGGAGGUUCGGGCGAUGGUGGAAUUGCACCCCCGCCACCUUCCGACGACUUCCCCACUUGCCCAUCAUGGAAUCCGGAAGAUGUCACCCAGCUUCCCAAUCCAAAGGACUGCAGCAGCUUCUUCAAGUGUGACGAGAACGGCGUUGCCUGGCUUAUUCCAUGCCCAGCCGGCCUAGAGUACAAUGCAGAGCUAAGGGUGUGUGACUACCCAGAAAAUGCUCGUUGCUCUACUUCGUCAUUGGCAAGCAACCCAUCUGAUGAUACCCCUUCCGAGGGAGAGCAGGAUGACGGAAAUUCAGAGGGAGGCAGUGACGCAAAACCACAACCACCAACUGGGGAUGUUCCUACUUGUCCAGCAUGGAAUCCGGAGGACGUCACCCAGCUUCCAAAUCCCAGUGACUGCAGCUCCUUCUACAAGUGCGACGAGAAUGGUGUGGCUUGGCUCAUAGCGUGCCCACCUGGACUUGAGUACAACGCUAAACUGAGAGUCUGUGAUUACCCUCAGAACGCUGGUUGUUCGUCAUCAGCUGCUCCAAGUAACCCAUCUGGCGGCGUAUCCUCUGACAGUGAUCAGAACAAUGGAAAUGCUGACUCUGGUAACGGUGAAAGCCCACAGCAACCAGCCAAAGAUGCUCCCACCUGUCCACCUUGGAAUCCAGAUGACGUCACCCAGCUGCCUAACCCCAGUGACUGUAACAGCUUCUACAAGUGCGACGAGAACGGUGUUGCUUGGUUGAUACCGUGUCCAGCGGGCCUGCAGUACAACGCCGAGCUGAGGGUGAGUGCAACAUGCCAGGGAGCGUCGGGCCCUUUCCCGAACCCGAACAACUGCAGGAGUUUCUUGCAGUGCGAGCCAUCAGGCGUUGCAACUGUCAUCCCAUGCCCAGCAAACCUCGAGUUCAAUCCAAAGCUGAGGGUGUGCGACUACCCAGACCGAGCUGGCUGCUCCUCAUCCUCGUCUGAUCCUGCUGAUGACGACAAUGGAACUGGUGGAGGAUCAGGCGAUGGCAGUGAAACUGGCGGUGGCUCAAACGACAGUGGAUUUUCACCUGCGCCACCAUCUGACGACGUCCCCACUUGCCCACCAUGGAAUCCACAGAACGUCACUCAGCUUCCCAAUCCGAAGGACUGCAGCAGCUUCUACAAGUGUGACGAGAACGGCGUUGCCUGGCUUAUUCCAUGCCCAGCCGGCCUAGAGUACAAUGCAGAGCUGAGGGUGUGUGACUACCCAGAAAAUGCUGGUUGCUCGACGUCGUCCUCACCAAGCAACCCUCCUGAUGAUACUCCUUCCGAGGGAGAGCAGGAUGACGGAAAUUCAGAGGGAGGCAGUGACAUAAAUCCACAACCGCCAACUGGAGAUGCUCCCAGUUGCCCAGCAUGGAAUCCAGAGGACGUCACCCAGCUUCUUAAUCCCAGUGAUUGCAGCUCCUUCUACAAGUGUGACGAGAAUGGUGUGGCUUGGCUCAUACCGUGCCCAGCUGGUCUUGAAUACAAUGCCAAGCUGAGAGUCUGUGAUUAUCCUGAAAGUGCUGGCUGCUCAUCAUCAGCUUCUCCAAGUAACCCAUCUGGUGACGAAUCCUCUGAUGGCGACCAGAACAACGGAAAUGCUGACUCUAGUAACGGUGAAAGCCCACAGCAACCAGACGGAGAUGCUCCCACCUGUCCACCUUGGAAUCCAGACGACGUCACCCAGCUGCCUAACCCCAGUGACUGUAACAGCUUCUACAAGUGCGACGAGAACGGUGUAGCCUGGUUGAUCCCGUGCCCAGCUGGUCUGCAGUACAACGCCGAGCUGAGGGUGUGUGAUUACCCUGGACAUGCUGGUUGUUCUGUCUAG